CUAAGGUGCAGUAGUGGUGAGGUGGAAUCAGUGGCCAGGCGGUAAGGGCCGCUUGGCGUCUCCAUGCGGACACUUGUGGGCAGAUAACAGCAAACCAGCCAUCCACGUAAUACUCUGUGGAACACCCAUCACGGCUACCUCUUCGUCAGGAAAGUUCGAGAGUCUUCAGCUUUCAGAUCUGAUUUUCGCCUUCGGAGAAGCAAAAAUUAAACAGCAAUGCUGAGAGUGUCUGUGCUGCUUUCCGUAGCCGUGGUGGGCUGCCUCGCCUUUGACUUCACCCAGACGGACCGCUACAAGACAUGGGCGGCUGACCUGAAACCCGGCUUCACCAUCAAGAUGAACGACAGCGGGGAUCGUCGCUGCUACUGCAAGGUGCCGCUGGGCGCCUCCAGCAGCUUCAGUUUUAACCCCAUCGGCGUGCUGUCCUCGUCACCCCUCCAGUCUUCCAGUUUUGAGUUUCACUUCCUGACGAAGCCUCCCACCAACAACACUUAGAUUGUCAGCCAGGCUGCGGGGACCGGCAGGGGAUCCUUGGCGACACUGGCUGAGCCUUCCCAUGGAGAAAACCGUACUCCAAAUGCGAGAUCGUAGAACAUUUUCCAUUCUUAAACUGCCGUUUCUUUAUUCACUGGGUUUAAAAAUAACAUUAUUUUACACAGCCUUGAAGGAGAUCAUAAGAAAUUUUAAAAAGUAGACAAUGAACGUAAUAAUUUAAACAAAAUUGGUACAUUGAAUUUAGUUAGGUGAUAACUGAUAUAAGUGAAGGAUACCGAACAAUGUUGUCCAUAUGAAAAUGCAUCGCCUCUUUAAUAAAUACUGUCAUCCAAG